AAACAAAAAACCUGACAGUAAUGCCAUGGGAACCGCAGAGCACAACUUGGGGGAUGAAUCCCCAGCCAUGAAAUGACACGUGUGGUGCAAAACACAGAUGGGGUACGUGCUCCAGAGGGGAAGGGUUGUAACAGUGUCUACACGAUGAGCUGCUCAAGUACUGCUCCAUGCUCCUGCAGAAGGCAGAACCUGCGUGAUGUGGUGAGUCCAAAUCCACACCAUGUGCAUCCAACCCCAUGUGCUGUCCCACUGGGGGCUGCACAUCACUUUCCUGCUCUUGCUGUGCCAUAGGAGCCAAGGAAAGAAGAGCCCUUUUAGCACCUGUAGAGCUUGCCUGGCCAUUCCUGCACACUGUGAAUCCCACACAGCAGAGGGGCAGCACUCUGCCCUCAGCUUUGGGAUUCCAUGCAGUGUGGGUGACAUAUCCCUCUCCCAAAGCCAUGCCCUGGGGCAGAGUUACAUAUGGGGCUGGGUUCCCAGCCCUGCUCAGGCUUGGCAAUGUCCCAGGCUGGAUGUCAGGGGAACAUGUCAGGCCAUCCCUGCCCGUUCACAGCCCAGCAGAGAGGUGCUGGCACUGUCUGACAGCCCAGGCUCGGCAGCCCCCUCUGCCAUGUCCGUGCCAUUGGGGACGUGUCCCUUGUCCCUUCCCCUCUCUUGCUCUCCCAGCAGACAGCAUGCUCUCACCUUGAGGGGAGUGGAAAUGUCAGCUGGAAUGUGGGCUGGAAAAAAAAGAAAGCAAAUCUUGAGGCUCGUCCAAACCUACUCCUGUUUAUAUUGGAGCCUGGGAGUGACAUCAGAGCGAGGAGAGUAUAAACACCAGCAGGACCCACUCAGGGCUUUAAAGCCUGCAAACAUGAGGCUCCGGCUGGAGAAGCAGCUCCUCAUCCUCUCCCUGCUCUGCAUCCUCUCCAAGGUGUGCUGCCAGCUGUGCCGACGGCCGUGCUACUGCUCCCACGUGCUGCCCCGCUGCCCACGUGGGUCCCCCCUGGUCCUGGAUGGCUGUGGCUGCUGCAGGAUCUGCGCUCGGCGCCUGGGAGAGCCCUGCGACUUCCUGCAUGUCUGUGACCGCAGCCAGGGGCUCAUCUGUGACUACAGCUCGGGGACAGGAGGCACCUGCAACUUCGAAGACAACGAGGAGGGCUGUGAGGUGAACGGACGGCUGUACCGUGACGGGGAGGUGUUCCAGCCCAGCUGCAAGCUGCAGUGCCGCUGCCUGGACGGGGGCUUCACCUGCGUCCCGCUCUGCCAGGAGGACGUCCGCCUGCCCACCCCAGACUGCCCCUACCCACGGCGUGUGGACAUCCCAGGGAAGUGCUGCCCUGAGUGGGUCUGCGAGGCCGGAGAGCGGCAGAGCACUGGGGCAGCCCCCGCAGUGCCGUACCUCUGCCAGCCGUGGGGCACGGAGUGGAGCGUCUGCUCGGCCACCUGCGGCGUCGGCUUCUCCACCCGCGUCUCCAACCAGAACCGCUACUGCCGCCUGGAGACACAGCGGCGGCUCUGCGUGCUCAGGCCCUGCCCGGCUCUGCCGGCGGCAUCCCCUGUGGUAAGCGAUGGUGAUGCCGACACCUCCAGGCAGCAGCUUGGAGUGGGAAUGGGACAUCCCAGCCAACACCCCGUGCACGCCCCGUCAGCCCCCCAGCCGUGAGUCCUCCAGCAUCCACUGUCCCUACAUCACUCCGCUUUGCCUUUCCAGAGGGGAUGAGGAGGGUGUUUGCAGCUGCGCCCACCCUGGUUGUGUCCCACAGCCAAUGUUCCGGGACUGAGGCUGGCACACAUCUGUGACACCGUGGUUUUGGAGGAGAUGGAAGACACGUCCCUCGGGAAUCUGGGGGAGAACCGAUGGACUUCAGCUGCAGAAGAGGGUGGAAAUAGAGAACAAGAUCCCUACAACACACCUGUGUACUCUGCUGCCCCGGGUUGGGUUGCUGGGCAGCAGCACCCUGUUGUAUGAGAUGGGGAAAUCCUGCCAAGCACAAACACACCUGAGAAAAAGGGACGUGGUCCUUUCCCGGAUCGGAGAGGCUUCUGGAAAGGGCUGAGUGACGCUGCUGUGCCCAGCACCGCACACACAGCUCUGCUCUGCAGAAUUAGACCACUGUUGGGAUGCCCCUUGCCCCCCACGCUGGGGAUGGGGCUCGCUGCCCCACCACACCCGGACACCGGCAGAGGUGUUUUCCUGGCGGCAGCUCCCAUUUACCUUCCUCACAUCCCUCCAGGACAAACAGCUCCCUGCUCCGCCUGGCCGCCUGCUCUUCAAAGCCCGGCGGUUUGGCAGGGCUCUGGCAGGCGAGCAGCUCAGACGGAGGAGGCACCAGACAUACCGCCCCGCAUCCAAGUGCAUACCCCAAAAACUAAGGCCAGCAGAAAGGCAGGAGACGGGAAAACAAACAGCAGCGAUGAGCCCAACGGGCUGGGGCUGCUCCAGCGUGAGGAGCUGCACAGGAGAGCCGAGCGGCAGUGAACCCUUAAGGGCUGCUCAGAAACGAAACCCAAAUGCCCUCUAACGGCCUCGCAGCGAUGUGCAGAGCAGAGCGAGAAGGGCGGCGAGCAGAGCAGGCGAGACCGCGCAUCUUGGCUUUGCACCCCUGCAAUCGAAGCAUUGUGAACGUGAUUGCAGCACGGCCAGCAGCAGAGCCCAGCAGCUCCAGCAAGUGCUGGAAAUAAAUCAGUGUUGAAGGGUGUUGUCACCUCUUCGGGGGAAAAAAUAAAGGAGAAAAAAGAAAAAAAGAAAAAAAAAAAAAAGAGCCUUGCUGCUCAUGCACGCUGUUUACAAAGAGAAUUAUUUACUGACAUCAACCAUUCAUUUAGUGGGAUGGAGGGGAUGCAGGAGCCCCCAGCAGGCAGCACGCAGCACGAGGGACUCGACACCAUCGGUUUUCUGCCUCUGCAGUAGCUGUGCCAAAAACAGCAGUGGUGUGAAGCUCACAGAGACUUUAAAACCCACAAUGUUCCUCUGCUGACAUGGGUAAGGCACAACCACUGUACCAAACAUCCUGGGUUCAAGGCAGUUCAGUUUUCCGUGUGCUGAGAUGCGGCCCCCUGUGCUGGCUCAGCCCAUCCCAGCCACCCCACGCUGCUGGUGAAAUCCUAAAGGUCACUUUUCCAGCAGCAACCUGCAAUCUGUAUCUCAAACACAAAUGA